AUGACUGCAGAAGAUAACCAAGUUGUCGGACGUGGCACCGACAGGACCAACCAUGGCCAGUACUGGACAUCGGACAGUCCUGCUUUGCUCCACGUCGGCACGUGGCUAGACAUCAUCCAACGAAUGAGACCCGAAGGCGGCUUGACUACCCAGUCUGCCAUUCGAUGGGUUUGGCAAGCCCUGGCUGGGUACUCUGUCCUCCAGGGCACCACUGGAUUGGCGUUUGUACCCAGGAGAGGCGGGCCUGAGCCCAGCAGAGAGGGAGGGUUGUAUUUGCCGCCACAUGCGCAGCGCUCGGCUCGAUCCGGUGAGGCAGGAACAAUCUUCAUGGCCUGGAAUGGAAAGAAUUGA